UGGCGCAGAAAAAUUUCAAAUAUUGACCCAUGUUUUCUUGUGGCAAAUAUAUUAACAUAGAAGCCAUCUUCAUGUACUUUAAUAAUAGUCUAUAUAAUACAUAUAAACACACUAUGAACGAGACAUAAAACUCAUACCACAAUCCACACAAAUGGCAAACCUCAUCCUCAGCAUCACCUCUCUAAUCAUCCUUCUCGCAGCUGUUGUCUCCGCAGGAAAGGGCCAACACUUUGGCAAAACCAUUAACCGGAAACACCUCGGAACCCGUAAGGAGAAACUCACUUUCUUCCGUGUCUACUGGCAUGACAUUCAAAGCGGCUCGAACCCUAGCUCGGUCGUGCUCCGACCUCCUCUCUCCAACUCCUCCUUCUUCGGAGCGGUCACCAUGAUCGAUAACCGUUUAACUACAGAGGUCUCCGUAAACUCGACUUUGGUAGGCCAGGCUCAAGGGAUGUACGCUGGUGCGGGCCAACACGAUGCUUCUGCGCUUAUGGUGAUGAACUUCGCGUUCAAGACAGGUAAGUAUAACGGAAGUACGAUCUCGAUUCUUGGUCGAAACGCGGUGUUGACUAAGGUUAGGGAGAUGCCGGUGAUCGGAGGAAGUGGACUGUUCCGGUUCGCUAGAGGUUAUGUCGAGGCUAGGACUAAGUGGUUGGAUGUAAAGACAGGAGAUGCUACUGUUGAGUACAGCUGUUACGUCUUGCAUUAUUGACAAUAUGAUGAUUGUAUGUCUCUCAUUUUAAAAAAAAUUAUUUAGAUUGCUAUGUCUGGGUCCUGGUUUAUUGACUUACUUGUAUUUUGGUCCAUGCUUUCCAUGAACAUAAUAAUGUGCAAUGCUAUUCCAAUCUAAA